UCUUCCUACAGUUACCUCUUCACCACCCUUCGUUCACUGUGCACCCGAAACACAAACCUACGCUCACUCUCAUAGUCUCUCACACAUGUUGAAGGACGAAGGUUGUCACGCUGAUGCCGCCGCCGGUGGAGGCGGUGGCUGGGCUCGUGUUUGCGACACAUGUAGGUCUGCGGCAUGCACUAUUUACUGCAGAGCGGACUCCGCCUACCUGUGCGCUGGCUGCGACGCCCGCAUACACGCCGCCAACAGGGUGGCGUCGCAGCACGAGCGGGUCUGGGUGUGCGAGUCGUGCGAGCGCGCUCCGGCGGCGUUCGUCUGCAAGGCGGACGCGGCGUCGCUCUGCGCCACCUGCGACGCUGACAUCCACUCCGCUAAUCCUCUGGCCCGCCGACACCACCGCGUGCCUAUUCUCCCCAUCGCCGGCUGCCUCUACGGGCCUCCCGCCACCGACCCCGGCGGCACCGUGGUGAGGUCUGCCACGGAGGCCGACAACGGCUUCCUGGGCCAAGAGACUGAGGAGACCAUAGAUGAGGAAGACGAAGACGAGGCGGCUUCGUGGCUGUUGCUGAACCCAGUGAAGAAUAACAACGGAAGCAGCAACAACCAGAACAAUGGAUUGUUGUUCGGUGGGGAGGUGGAUGAGUAUCUGGACCUAGUGGAGUACAAUUCAUGCCCUGAGAAUCAGUUCAGUGAUCAGUAUAAUCAGCAGCAGCCGCCGCCGCAUUACAGCGUUCCGCACAAGAAUUAUGGGGGAGACCGUGUCGUGCCAGUUCAGUGCGGGGAAGCAAAGGGGCAGCUACACCAGCAGCAUCAGCAGCAGGGUUUUCAUCUGGGGAUGGAGUAUGAGUCCUCGAAAGCUGCCUACAGCUACAACCCUUCAAUUAGCCACAGCGAAAAAGAAAAAGGUCCUCACCAUUUGAUUCCCAGAAGAAUUAAAGAAAUUCUGAAUCAUCCCAUUUCUGAACGUAAAUUAUGGUUAGCAAUUCUUGAGGUCUCUGUGUCAUCAAUGGAUGUUGGCGUCGUGCCAGAAGCAACAACUAUGAGUGAUAUCUCAAUCUCAAUCUCGCAUCCGAGACCUCCCAAGGGAACAAUCGACCUUUUCUCAGGCCCUCCAAUUCAGAUGCCAACCCAGCUGACUCCAAUGGAUAGGGAGGCAAGGGUCCUGAGGUACAGAGAGAAAAAGAAGACAAGGAAGUUUGAGAAGACAAUCAGGUAUGCAUCAAGGAAAGCAUAUGCAGAGACAAGACCCCGGAUCAAGGGCAGGUUUGCCAAGAGGACAGAUGUAGAAGUUGAAGUGGAUCAGAUGUUCUCUACGACAUUAAUGGCGGAAAGCGGAUAUGGCAUUGUCCCGUCAUUCUAAAUCCAGUAUCAAGGAGAGAAAGAAUUGUAUGAGUUUGUUACUAAAGACUCAACCACUAAUACUGUAUCUUUCUCGAUGUAAUGGGUUUGAAUUAAUGAGAAAUGUGCCUAGUAAUUUUGUAAGUUUUCAUUGUCAA